UCUUUUUUUUUUCUUUUUUGUCAAACAGGUUUUAUUUGUGUGCUUUAUAUUAAGCACCAUAACCUACGGAACAAUGGCAACUAUGGGGUACUUAAUGUAUGGACAAAAUUUAAUGUCACAAAUAACAUUAAAUCUCCCUACCGGGAAAAUUAGUUCAAAAAUCGCGAUAUAUACGACACUCGUUAAUCCAAUAACAAAGUAUGCUCUUGUCGUCUCUCCAAUUGCAACGGCUAUUGAAGAUAAAUUACCUUUACGAAAGAGUAAAUUUAUCGUAAGCUACUUCAUCAGAACAUUUUUAGUCAUCAACACUGUCAUUGUGGCGUUAACCGUUCCAUUCUUUGGAUAUGUCAUGACAUUUACGGGCGCUCUUUUGGGAGUUACCGUGUCGAUAUUGUUACCAUGCCUAUGCUACCUCAAGAUCAAGAAGCCUUCUUAUUUGGAAGUUGUGUUUAUUGGGAUGAUUUUGGUUUUUGGUUCUUCAGUUGCCAUAUCUGGAACUUACACUUCUUUAAAAAACAUUAUUAGUCAUGUCUAG